AUGUUGAUUGGCUUACGUGCUUCUGCUUGUGGUGGUAAGAAGCUUUUACAUCUUGCGAAUUUGCACGGAAAAGAACAUGUUCUUCUUGCAUCAAAUCUAGCUUUGAAUUUUGGAGGAAGAAUUUUGAAGAGGAAUAUUACAUCAUCAUCAUUACAUAUUAAUAAUAAUAAUUAUGUAAAUAAUAAUACAAAUAGUUCGAGUUUGAUUGCAUCAAUGCAAAGAAGGUUUUAUUCUACAAGAGUAAAAACAAUUAAAAUUAAUGAAGAGGAGGAAAUUACAAUUUCACAACUCUUGAAACACCUCUCGGGAAAUGUUAUUGAAUUUGCCAAAUCGAGUGAAUAUUGUACAUCAUUUAACAAGUUGUUACGACAUGCUACAAUUGAUGAAUUGGAAAAAGUAUUUAAUGAAAUUCAACCAAAUAUUUAUGAGUUGUGUAUAGAUAGUAAUGGAUCAAUUGUUAUGGAGAGAGUGAUAUUGAGAGCUCUUCCUCAUCAAUUGGAUAUUAUAUUUAAUAGUUUAUUUUCUGAUAAGAAAUCGAGAGAGGAUAUAAUUAACUUAUUCACACAGGAAAAUUCAUCGAGAGUCAUUUCUAAAUUGUUACCCAAAUUGAAUUCUAGCCACAUUGAAAAAUUACUUGGAUUGAUGAAUUUCAACUCUGAGCUAGUGCUUAUCAUGUUAGAAAAUGAAAAUUCAACCAAUUCACUCACUCAAAUGAUUGAAAUACAUUUGAAUACUUUAGAGAGCUUUGUAAAACAACCGAUGGUUCAAUUUUUACUCAAUUUGGAUGACGAACAAAUUAGUGAGCAAAGAUUGAGACAACCAUUGUCUAAAUCUAUAGAGAAAUCUUCUGUAGAUAUCAAAUUGGAAUUGAUCAAAUCUCUAUCCGAGGACAAUAUUACCCAAUUAGAUGAAAGGCAUGCUUUUGCCUUGUCACGAGUUUAUACUAGAUUACCUACCAAUAGCAAGGAAUUUGGGGAGACCUCUACUCUCAUUAUGAAGAAUUUUUACAAUUUAUCCAUGAAGAGAGAUCACAAAGAUGUAAUUAAUGCAUUUAUUGGAUUUUCCGAAAAGAAUACUCUCGAUUCACUGAUAGAUUCUCUCAGCACAGAUCAAAUCGAAGAAUUGCUCAAAGAUAAGAAUGGAAUUGUUGCCUUCUCUUACCUCUUCUCUAGAACAACUUGUAAAACUAAUGUAUUGAACAAAUUGAGUGAAAAGAUUGUAGACUUGGCAAAAGGUUUUACUAGCUCCUUCUUCUUCUCCUCAUUGGUGGCAGAUGAUAGAGAAUGUGCCCUUACUAUUAUUGAGAUGGUCAAGCCAAACCUUUUGAGUAUUUCCUCCAACAAAAAUUCACAAUUCCUUUCCAUUAAAAUGGCCAAAUAUCCAGAAGGUAGAAAGGCCAUCCUCAAAUCAUUCAAGUAUGACAUUGUAGGACAUUAUACCACUUGUCAGCAAGUGAUUUUCCAUCUCAUUAAUGAAUGUAAUCCUUUUGAGAGAAAUGAGGUUUUAAAGUAUUGUAUAUUACCAAAAUUCAGCGAACUGAAUGGUGACAUUGCAGAACCUUUAUUCAAGCUUACUCUCCUAUUUAUUAAGAAGGGUUCUCUCAACGAUCAUACAGCUCUUGUGAAAUCUUUUGAAGGAAAGCUUGCCAAGAUGAGCACUGAGAGAAAUAGCUCUAUAAUACUUCAAGAACUCUACCAAGUGAGUCCACAAGUCAUUAGAGACAUUAUGAAUCAUGAAUUAUUGGGAAAUGUUCAAAAUAUUGAGGAGCUUAAUACUGAUUCCAUUCGUUCCAUGAACACCAACAAACACUCCAAACACCUCCUCAACACCAUGCUCAAAAUUGAUCCCUCCCUCAAGCCAAUCCUUUCCACCAUCCAAAAACCAACCUCACGCCAUUAA